AUGCUGAGUCGAGUGCGAGUGGUUGAUUCUGGGAGGCGCCGCUCGGCCCGCUUCAUCUCGCGCCAAGGGAAGUUGCAAAAGUUUCAAAUUACGACGACAGUGGACCCUCAACUACCGAAACCAUCUCCAGCUCCCAAAUCAGUUUCUACACCAAUAACUCGUCGUGGUAAAAAAUACUACACUCUAGAGAAAGCUUUCCCAUCUACUCCGAAGCGCUUUGAAGUCGCGUACGAAACGAGCGGCCUCUACUAUGGCCCAGUUUCAACGAAUGAAUUCUUUCAAGAAUUCAUGCCUUACAAAAGCCCUGAUACCCCCAGGAAACCACCAACAAAGAAUCGUCGAGACAUGAUGAAAAAAGUAGCUUCAAAGGGGACCGAGGAAAAGAUGUACAAAGCAUUUGUUAAAGCCCUUCAGUCUUGGCCACCUGCUCAAGAUGAGCGGAAGAUCAAGCUAUUUUACCAUGAUAACCAUUUGUUACGCGAUCCAAACUGCGCUGGUCUCAGUGUCGACGUUGCUGUUGCUGACGCCAGGACGGAACGCUUUUGGGGUGGGCCUCAUGGGAAGCAUAUCUUUUUUACGGAACACGAGUCUCACACAAAAUUCAAGCUUUGUGUGACUUGCGAUCCAUUCGUUGAUCCAGAGGAGACGAAAGAAAGAGGAGGCCCGGGAGGAACUGGAACUGGACGAGGAGGAGGGAGAAGGAAAGGAGGAACCGGCAGCAGCAGGAGUUUCUGA